UAUCAAUACUUAUUCAUUGAUGAUAAAAAUUAAGCUAUUAAAGUAUAAAUGAUCGAGCAUAUAUGUAAAUUACCCUUAAAAAGAAAAAACAAGUUUUCUUUUAUAAAACCAUUGACUUUCAAAAAUAUAUGGACUACAUGGUGUGGCAUCAGCAAAUAUACUCCAAAAUGCAGUUUUUAUAUGGACAGCACGGCCACAACGUUUGCUGAAAAAAUAAGGCAUACCGGAUCUAAAUAUUGGUGGAUAAUACAUCCAUUUAGUUAUGCUAGGCAUGUUUCGAACGUAAAAGAAGUUAUUUAAUAAAUUUUCUAAACGCUCUUACUCUCUAAAUACUUUUACUUUUCCUUGUACAACAAAACAUAUGUUGUUUUAUUUCUGAUUAAGAGAAUUCACAGAUUAAUGUGGGAUACCUUAAUGAUGGCAAUAUAUUUUAUCGCUUUCUUUACAAUUCCAUUUAUGAUUUGCUUUGUUACAAUGGAUUAUGAAAUAAUUGGUCUGGAUAUAGUAAAUAUUCCAAUUUACACGAUCUGCUGGAUAGAUAUAAUGUUUAAUUGUAUUACGGGAUAUUACAACAAGAAAACCAUGUCUAUUGAGUUGAAACCUAUUAAAAUACUUAUAUUCUAUCUUAAAGGAUUUCUUAUACCAGAUGUGCUAUCGUCUUUUCCGUUUGAUUAUAUGACACUGCGAUGGCGAAGAUUGCCGGGAAAUAAUCCUCAUUAUAUCAUUACUUUAAUUAAUAUCAUGCCUCUCAUGAAGUUGACACGCUAUUAUACUUUCAACUCAAACAUUUAUUAUCUAUUUACGCAUUUUGAAAUAAAAAGCUUUUAUUUUGAAUUGUGUACUACCUUAUUGCUAGGAUUAUACUUCAUCUUUUGGUGUUCUUGUUUGUGUUACUUAAUACCAAUUUUACUGAUGUACUUUGUAAACAUUCCACCGACAGAAUGCGAGAAUUGUUGGAUGAUGAAACUGGAAGACAGCAGUCUCAAGUUUAGGUUCAAGAACGCUGCAUUUAUUGUAUUGGAAAAUAUAUUAUCAAGUGGCUACGGUCUAUUCAUACCAGAGACAGAUGGCCCUAUCAUUUUCAAUAGCAUUCUUAUGAUUAUCGGCAAAAUUAUUGUAUGCUAUAUGUUGAUUAUGUUUCUUCGUACCAAAGCUGAAAGAAAAUCAUCCGAAUCAAAAUUUCAAGAGUUGAUAGAUCAAGUCAAAGCAUACACAAGACAAAAACAAUUAUUACCACAUAUGAAGAAACGUCUCUUAGCUUAUUAUCAUUAUCGUUUCAAAAAUACCUAUUUUCGCAGUAAACGAAUUUUAUCAGAUUUGACAGAACCAUUACGAGAAGAGAUUGCGCUUCAGUCUUGUCGACGAUUAAUCGAAAACGUGGAAAUUUUUAAGAAUUUACCAAGAAAUGUUCUGCAGUCAAUAGUGAAGCACUUAAAAUUUGAGUUAUAUUUGCCAAAUGACGUAAUUAUUAAAGCUGGUACUCAGGGCGAUUGUAUGUUCUUUUUAUCCUCGGGGACUGUUGCGGUUUUAACGCCAACUGGAAAGGAAAUGUGUCAUUUGAAUGACGGUGCCCAUUUCGGCGAAGUCGCACUCUUAGUGGCGGAUCAGCGAAGAGUAGCUAGUGUUGUCGCAAUCGAAGUCUGUGAGGUGUAUCGAUUAGAUCGUAAAGACUUUCGUCAUUGCAUAGACGUACACAGCGAGCUAUUCGCAGAGAUUGAACGUAUCGCCACGGAACGUAUAGAAAAAACUGUCAGAGCUGAGGAACAGCACAAGCGUUUUUUGAUGCGUCCUGGUCGCGUGCCGAAUUUAAGCAAUGCAUCAACGAAAAUUUAA